AUGCUGCCGGGGAAAGCGGAGAAGAGGAUCGCUUCAUCCGUCUUCAUCACCCUGGUGCCACCGCGGAGGGAGGUGGUCACCAAGGAGCAAACCCCCAGGGAGACGCGGCCGCCCGUGCCCGCGGAGGCGCGGGGUCCGGCGCUCCAGCAACUGGACCUGGCGGCAUCCACCACUCUCCAGGCCCCUUCCGCCUUCCCCGCCGAAUUGAGGCCGCCCAAAUUUUGCCAGGAGCAAGCAGGCACGCCGCAGCGGCAGGAUGCAAAUGGGUACGCGGAGAGGGACGGCUCCAGAGACAUCUGCGCCUUCUGCCACAAAACGGUGGGGACCCGGGAGCCGACGGUGGCGGCGAUGAGGAAGCAGUAACACCCCGGCUGCUUCUCCUGCGCCGCCUGCGGCCGUGCCAUCGGUGCCGAGAGCUUCGCCGUGGACGAGCGGGACGAGGUGUACUGCGUGGCCGACUUUUACAGGAAAUACGCUGCGGUUUGCAGCGCCUGCGAGCACCCCAUCGUUCCCGGCGAGGACAAGGACACCUACAAGAUCGAGUGCCUGGGACGCAGUUUCCACGAGAGCUGCUACCGCUGUGAGAGCUGUAGGACACCUCUGUCGCCGGAGCCGACGGAGAACGGGUGCUACCCCCUGGGCGACCACCUCCUCUGCAAGUCCUGCCACGUCCGUCGGCGAAACGAGUCGUCCUGCUAA